AUGGCCCCGACAAAGUCCUCGGCCAAGGGCAAGGGCCCUUCGUCGUCCAAGGGAGACGCCAAGAGCAAGCCUCUCUCGUCCGCGACAAAAGUGAGCAAGAAGAACGUCAAGCGCCCGCCGCCCAAGGAAGUCAAGUCGAAAGCGCGCACGGAAUCCAGCCUGCUGAAGAAGACGAAGAAGAGGGAAUACAGUGAGAAGGAACUGGACCUGCCUCAGUUGAACAUGAUCACGCCCGUGGGUGUGGUGAAGCCCAAGGGCAAGAAGAAGGGCAAAACUUUCGUGGACGAUGCGGAGGGAAUGAUGACGAUUCUUGCCAUGGUCAAUGCCGACAGGGAGGGUCAGAUUGAGUCGAAGCUGAUGAAGGCCCGUCAAUUGGAGGAGAUCCGUGAGGCGAAGAGGAAGGAGGCUGAGGCCAGGCACGCGGAGAAAAAGAACAAGCUGGAAGAGGUAAAACAAUCGAUUCGCAAUAAGAAGCACAAGGGCGGCCCUAAAGCCGACAAAGCGGACUCCGUACCCGACAAGCCAUCCAAAUCGAAGGGCAAGAGAAAGAGCGUCUCAUUUGCUUGA